AAUCCAUCUGAAGCAGCCCAGUUAUCUGGGAAGACUCCUCAGAUGCUCCUGGUGUCUUAUGGUGGACAAAGCAACCGUCAAAGGUCUGGUGUGCUUCAGCAACAGCCAAUUGUCCAUCUUCCUAGGUGCAACCUUGGGUACCUGGUGUUAUUCAGGGGAGUAAAGAACUGGGACUUCAGCUCAAUAGGCAUGUUUGUAUGGGAUAAAUAAAUAGCUUUAGUAGGUGGAGUCAACAUUAGAGCUUGUGCUGAGAGAGGCGAGGCUGGGGACUUUAGGUAUUUAUCGACAGUGUUGGAUGGACAGCUUUGGCUAUGACAGCAAGGCAAAGCAACAGCUGAAGAGGGGAAGCAGUGACUGUCCCUGCCCAUCCCACUCAUCUUACACAGCUCAUCCCCUCCUGACUGUGCUGCAGGGACACCUCUAUGCAUGGCUACCCUAUGGUGUCCACUCACCUGCACAUCUAACCAAGGCACAGGGCAGCAGGACCUCUAACCAUACAGGCUACUCGGCGAGCCCCCCUUGGCCAUGAAGGACCUCCUCAGUGGAGGUUGUCUUAGAGUCCUUGUGGAGUGCUGGUCUGCACCAGGGCUGAGGCAUAGAGGAGACCAACAGAGUGUUAUGCUUCAUCUCAGCAGCAGGAUUGGGAAUGGGGGAGUUGAAAAUGGUCCCUCAAACAGGAGAUUACCAGUGGGCAGCCAGAGUGUCCCCAGGGAGUUCAACCUUCGCCCUUCUCUAGACUCAUGUCAAUCUAGGGGAUUUCUUUGGAAGAGACCACUAAAAUUACUAGUCUUCUUGUCUGACUGGGUUUUGCUUGUUUAUUAGAAAUACAGGUUCUGAUUUUCCUCUGGUUGUAGCUGUCCCAUGGCUGAGCUGGGUACUGCAGCCAGGAGCUGCACUGGGGGAUCUGGCUUCCCCUCGCCUGUCAGAGCCCCAUGAAUAGGGAAGAAUGUGAUCUGUGAGAAAGCUGCUACCUCUGUGGAUGCCUUCAGAAUGGUCACAGCUGCCAGGUACUACCCUAAGCUCAUGAGCAUUGUUGGCAAUGUUCUCCGUUUCUUGCCCACCUUUGUGAAGAUGAAGCAGUUGAUAGAGGAACACUAUGUGGGCACCGUGAUGAUAUGCGAUGUACGAGUGUAUGGGGGAAGCCUGCUCAGCCACAAGUACAACUGGAUCUGCGAUGAGCUGAUGGGAGGAGGUGGCCUGCAUACGAUGGGAACCUAUAUUAUUGACCUUUUGACUAACCUCAUCAGCAAGAGAGCGGAGAAGGUCCAUGGUUUGCUCAAGACAUUUGUGAAGCAGAACACAGCCAUAAGUGGUAUCCGCCACAUUACUAGUGAUGACUUCUGCUUCUUCCAGAUGCUGAUGAGCGAUGGCAUCUGUUGCACUGUGACUCUCAACUUCAAUAUGCCUGGAUCAUUCAUCCAUGAAAUCAUGGUUGUGGGGUCUGCUGGUCGCCUCGUAGCUCGUGGAACGGACUUGUAUGGGCAGAAAAACACUGCUCUACAGGAAGAACUACUGUUUACAGACUCUCUGACUGUCAACAAGGGCCUUCUGGAUCAGGGGUUUAAAGACAUCCCGCUGCUUUACCUAAAAGGAAUGGUAUACAUGGUGCAAGCACUGCGGCAGUCUUUCGAAGACCAGGAAGACCAUCGGACAUGGGAUCACAAACCUGUCUCCAUGGCAGCCUCCUUUGAAGAUGGUCUGUACAUGCAAAGUGUAGUAGAGGCCAUCAAGAAGUCCAGCAGGUCAGGGGAGUGGGAGGCUGUGGAAGUGAUGACUGAGGAACCAGAUGCCAAUCAAAACCUCUGCGAGGCACUUCAAAGAAAUAACUUAUGAACAUUCUUCCUUGGGGGAUAGUUUAGGACAGUCAACACUGCUGGCUGUAACGUAAAGAACCUCUGUUUUUAAGAUAUGUAGAUUCUUAUUUAAUAACCCACCUCCCUUGGUUUUUUAAACAUAAAAUGUGUCAUGCUCUGAGAGAAACUGUUCUGAUUUAAAUUGUUUAAAGAGUUUCAAAUGUUUCUGUUCUUACAAAAUUUCAUUUUAGUCUUGGUGAGUGGUAGGAAAACUUGAAUUGCCCUUUGCACUUGCUGAAGUGAAGCCUGGGAGCUCUGCCACUGUGUGGCUCGGGAAUGGGACAUGGGACACAGCCCCGGCUGCACACAGUGCCUUUUUUCGUGUUUUCAACAUGACAGCACAUAGGGCAAGAUCAGGUAGUAUCUUUUGUUCAGAUGCCUUUUCCUUCUCUCUUGGAGAGUGGGUAAAUUUUACUCCUCAGUUUGCAAAAUCUGGUAAAAGAAUUUAGUGAUGGAUCAUGUCUCUGAACAAAAAGGACAAAAAGUAGAAAUAGGACAAAAAGUAAAAGGACAAAAAGUGGAAGGAAGAUUGGAUUCCAGUUUGCAACACAAUCAGCUUUCUGGCUUCUUGCACACGGCAGAUGUAUUUCAAAUUCACUGGUAUUUUAUUUAAAUGAUGCUAUGAAUUCUCUGUUGCCUGUGUCAUGGCAGGAAUCAGCCUGUGCUGAUUUGUGCUGUUCUCCCAUAUGUCUAGACAUUAUUCCUUCUACUCAAGAGGUCAUCUGUAUCCAGCAGCUUUGUUCCAUAAGCUGUGUCUGUUGUUUCUUUACUGCCCAGUAGCACUGGGACUGUGGGGCUAAUGUCCCCAUUCCUGAGACUGUUCAUAAAACACCUCUCAGGGUCACAGGAGUUCCACAGUGCUGUGGGAAAUGAAGUUGGGCAUCAUUAACCUUCCAGGGAACUGAUGGUCGGAAGUAGGGAGGCAUUUCCUACCUCUUGCAGCUCUCUUUGGGUGCUGGCUGGGUUACUCUUACCCUAUACACAUCCUGAUAGUUGAGGGAAUGAGGACCGGUCUGUCAUGAUUCAGAUUGCUCUUAAUCUCUGACACUGGAUAUUAACCCUCUGUCCCUGCCCACCCUCACUUGCUCCUGCAGCUUGUGUCCAGUAGAGAGAUUUGUUGGCAGAUGAUGGGUGGAAGUUCAUUCCAUUGGAGAAAUUCUCUCUGAGGAAGACAUGUGCAAAGGAUAGUGCAAUUUUACCACAUUUAUUUUGUCUACUUGAAAGCUUUUUUUAAUGUAUUUCCCACUAAAUUGUAACUUGGUGUAUUUAAGUAUAUUAACAGGCAAACUGCUGUUUGAUGAAAUGUUCCUUUCUGAAAAGUGUCUUGUUUUAUACAGAAAUAAAAAGUUGUGUUUGUUGAACACA